CACAGUGCUCCAACCGGAACUCGCCCCAGCUCCUUUGCGUGUUCGUGCCACCUCAUCAUGGAAUAUUCGCCGGCAACAACAUGGACUUCGACAGUGCGUUGAAGGUCGUCGGCGAAUUUGGCCGUUAUCAACGCAAACGGUUCAUCUUUAUCUCACUUUCGGCAUUGCCAAUGUUUUUUCAGAUGCUUCUUCUAGUCUUCGUAGCAGCAACACCGAAAUGGCUCUGUCCAGAAGGUGGCAAACGAAACUUAAAACAUUGCAAGUCCCUGGAGAGUUGUUGUGCCUUGGACGGUUCUAUCUGCAAUGGAGCGCAAUUUACUACGAAUUUUACGUCAAUCGCGACGGAGUGGAAUCUUCUUUGUGGUCAGACAUACAAGAAUGAACUCACACAAUCUAUAUUUAUGGCCGGCACGUUGGUCGGGGCGCCAUUGAUAGGUGGUUUGGCUGACAAGCAUGGUAGAAAACCUUUGUGGGUGAUCAGCUAUUUCGUGAAUGGCGGCCUCGCAUUUCUCUCUGGACUGUCGCCAUCUUACCAUAUGUUUGUUGCUCUGAGGUUUCUCUUAGGGAUUUUCGCUGGUGGAGGAGGCUUGAUAAUAUUUGUAUUGGCCACAGAAUCCAUCGGACCUUCAUACAGAGGUUUUGCUGGGACCUCAUUACAGGACUUUUUUGCAGUUGCUGUGGCAUUGCUAGGACUGAUGGCGUACCUUAUUCCAUCCUGGCGAUAUCUCACUAUAGCUUCAGCUCUUCCAUCAAUUUUUGGUAUAUUUAUAGUCAGCACAAUUCCAGAAUCCCCUAGAUGGCUGGCCUCCCAGGGGAGAUAUGAUGAAGCAGAAGCUAUUUUGAAGAAGAUAUCCAAGGAAAAUGGUUUAGGAAACAAAUAUGUCUCACUGCAGCGGUCAAAGUCCACAUCAAAAGCAGGUCCUUUGGUACGCAGUUAUGGAAUUCUUGACUUGUUUAGAAACAGUACCACAUGCAUAAUAACACUCAUCAUGGUCGUUAGUUGGUUCGUAAACAGCCACGUAUAUUAUGGCCUGUCACUCAAUGUGAAAAACCUUGGUGGCAAUAUGUAUGUCAAUUUUGUCUUGGCUGGUUUGGUAGAAAUCCCUUCUUAUUUGUUAACAGUCUUUCUCCUUAACUGGUCGGGCCGUCGCAAGUCUCUGUUUUAUUUCAUGAUGGGAGCUGCUGGAUCAUGCUGGGCAUGCAUGAAACUACAAACACAGGAUUCCACCAAUCCUGGGUGGCUUUCUGCCUCAGCCAUGCUUGGGAAGUUUUGCAUCUCUGCAUCAUUUGCUGUACUGUAUGUUUAUGCCGCAGAACUCUUCCCGACUGUUAUCCGUAAUAUUGGCAUGGGUGUGACGACUGUUGCAUCACGUAUCGGUGGAAUUUUAUGUCCGUUUGUUGUACUAAUGGGAGAGCAGAGUAGAUCUUUACCAAUGUUUAUAUUUGCUAUUAUGUCUUUAGUGGCAGGUUUGGCUGGUCUGAAACUGCCCGAAACUAAGGGAAGACCCAUGCCAGAAACAAUGGAAGAUUUGGAGAAAUCAGAACAUGAAGAAGUUAAAAUUGUAAAAGCAUAAAUAUUUAAUCUUUGUACAUGUCAACAUGUAAAAUCUCAUCACAUAUCACCAUACCUUUAUUGCAGGGAAGGUUAGGAGAAUUUAACCUAAUCAUGUUCUGUGAUGACUAUUUAGUAAAUUCCUAUCACCUCAAUAUACUAUGUGGUUCUUUAUUUAUAUUAUGAGAUAAUAUAAGAUUAAAAGAUCAAAUAAGUCACUUUAUUCAAGUGUCAUUAUUUAGCACUGCUGUGCACAUUAAGGACACUACAAAUCAAGAAACAAGUAUUGUAAAUAGAACUGAAAGAGGCACUUAUUAAAAGGUUGGGGUGGAUUUAGGGGGGUUUGGAGGGGUAUUCGGUUGAACCCCUUAAAUUAAAACAGCUAAUGUCAUAGAACUUUAAAAAUUAUCGGUAAAUGCAUUACUGCACCUUUUCAGUAUCAUGCGGACUCUAAAAUUCAAAGCUCAACCAACAAAUGCAUUUUUUGCUACAGUUGAUCAAAUGUUUGGUGGCUCCUCCCAGCUUCUGACUAUACGAUUUGAUUUGAUCACCACGCACUCAGUAGUAGUUGGAAGCUGGGAGGAGUCACUGUGUAUUUGAUUGACAGUAGC